AGAUCUCAGAAAGAUUGAUCAUCAUCAUCAUCAUGAUAUGAUACAACACACUACUGAUUUUUGUCUCUCACCCACUUCUUCCCCCUCUCACCAUCACAAUGCCUUCUAGGGUUUCCUUUCACCCCUUCACUCUCUGUUUCACUCUUCACCACCCAAAACAAAAAGCAUGAAUCUUUCUUACCACCUUGUCAACCCCACUUCAGAUUCUCAUUUUCUCCCAUUUCUGAAACCAAUGGAGGGUGCUUUUCAUGCAAUUUUCUAGCGUUCAAUUGAGGGGUGUGUUGCGUCGAUUGAUCAAUUGAGACCAAAGUUGGAAUCUUUUUGCACAAUGAUUUCUUCUGGAAUCAACUUGGUGAUGACUGUGAUUGGGUUUGCGGUGAGCAUCAUGUUCAUUGUUUUCGUUUGCACUAGACUCAUCUGUGCUCGAAUUCACAUGAAUGCUUCAAGGAGACCCUUUCCUAUUGCUUCCAGAUCCACCAAUCUCAGCAUGAUGGAGCAGGGUUGCAAUGGUCUUGAACCUGUAGCUAUAGCAAAAUUUCCAAUAAUGAAGUUCAGUGACAAGUUUUUUGCUGCAGCAGAAAAUUCUCAAUGCACAAUCUGCCUAUCAGAGUACCAAAGUGAAGACAUGCUGCGUAUCCUCCCCUCCUGUGGACACUCCUUCCAUGUCACCUGCAUAGACUUAUGGCUGCAGCUGAAUUUCACGUGCCCGGUUUGUCGUAUAUCAUUGCGUGAAUUUCCUGAGAGAAAGCCAUUAAUGCAACCCUUGUCCAGCUCUGCUUUGCAACCUCAUUACGGCAUGGAAUCCUUUGACAUUCAUCAUUAUGACUGUAUAAUGGCUGAUAAUGGAUUAUUGUCAAGAACCCCUGACAGCCAUGGGGCGAACCCUAUACAAGAGGGUCAUUUGCCAUCUGAGGGUGAUGGAGCAGUUGCUAUGGACAAUAUCAUCUGUUUAACUCAGGGCGAUUUCAUCAAAGAUGAAGGGAAGAAGCAUGUUGAGAGUCCAUCAAAUUUCUAGAUUUGUUUGGUUCCUUGGAAAGUUGGAAGUUGAAGUUUCAAUUGGAUACUUUUACUUUCAAAUCACAAAUUGAGUAAAAAUUGAGUAAAGUUCCUAUUCCAAAAUUGGAGUGAAGUACAUUAACAUGCUGAAAGAUGGUUAUUUUCAUUUUCUAUCAUUUUCUUCUACUGUAUAUAGCAGAGAAAUUUUGCCCCCUCCAAGGACCACUCUUUACUAUCUUCUCCUUCAGUCCUUUGUACUUCUCUCAAUCUUGAACACUAGGUUAUAGAUUUGAGAUCCUCUCAAUCUUCCCUUCCUAGUUGUAAUUGUUGUAAGACUAGAACUAGUGGAAUAUCAGCUGGAGUUACAGCUGUAUCUUCCCCUUGUAGACCAUUGUAUUAAUGCAAUUCAUACACUGCUAUUAAUGUAACUUGUCUUUUUGUUUAAAGAA